UCGGGGCCGGGGGGUGGGGGGUGGGGAAGCUACCUGGAGCUCAGUUCAGCGCUGUCGGCCUAAGCUUGGAAGCUUCAUACUAGGCAACCAUCAGUGAAGGCAGCGCUUCUUAAUACCUCCACAGCACUGUCCGCCACCCAGCACGAGAGUAUCAUCCAAAUUCAUCAUGGCAGGAAAAGCAGGACACGAGGACAUGGCGAGCCUCUCAUACUUUGACCACUCGUCGGCCAAGCGCGUCAACACUGAUGUUGUGCUCAUCGAAGCUAUCCGCUCCCAGUACCCCGAACUCGACCUCGUCGUCGCGCCCCAGGGCAAGCUCAACCUGCUCGCGUACGCCUCGGCGGGCUUUGCAACCGUUAUCCCCCUCGAUGACGUCGUCAAAGAUCCCAUAUACGGCCCCGGUGUCAAGCAGCGCACCUAUGUCCCACCCGCGAGGAGACUCGAUCCAUACCCGGGUCGCAUGAUUGAGCGCGUCAUCUUUGGCAAAUACAUGUACAAAUGGAAGGACCAGGAGGCUAUAGUGUACCUCGCUGAAGGGCGCGACGGCUUGGGGGCAUACCCAGCUCCCGUAAUGUACUACAUCCUGUCCAAUGCUGAGCACAAGGUGGACGAGCUGAUCAAGGACGCGACCACGUGGGGUUCUGAACUGCACAACGAGGUCUGGGUUUUUGACGGCGGUUACUGGGAGAAGAGCGCCGAGCUGUACAACUCUGUGCAGAAAAGCAGUUGGGACAACGUCAUCUUAGAUGAGGAUAUGAAGAAGGCGUUGAUCGCCGAUGUGGAGAACUUCUUCAAUAGUCGCCAAACCUACCAGGACCUCAAGGUACCGUGGAAGCGCGGCGUCAUCUACUACGGUCCGCCAGGCAACGGUAAGACUAUCAGCAUCAAGGCCAUGAUGCACAGUCUUUAUCAACGCGGAAGAAAUGGCGACUCUAGGAUGGCUGUGCCUACCCUCUAUGUCCGCUCGCUGAGCUCUUUUGCUGGUCCCGAAUACUCUUUGCAGGCCAUCUUUGCCAAAGCCCGCCAGGAAGCCCCCUGCUACCUUGUUUUCGAGGACCUUGACUCGAUUGUCAAAGACAGUGUCCGGUCCUACUUCCUCAACGAAGUAGACGGUCUCAAGUCUAACGACGGCAUCCUUAUGGUUGGCUCUACCAACCACCUCGACAGAUUGGACCCAGGCAUCUCGAAAAGGCCCAGCCGUUUCGACCGCAAGUACUACUUCUCAAAUCCCGACUACGAUCAGCGUGUUCAGUAUGCCAAGUUCUGGCAAAACAAACUCAAGGACAACAAGAAUCUUGAAUUCCCUGACGAGCUAUGCGGCAAGAUUGCAGAGAUAACACCAAAGUUUUCUUUCGCUUACAUGCAAGAGGCCUUUGUUGCAGCACUUCUGGCAAUCGCCGCUCGUGGAGGUAAGAGUGUUGCUGAAGCAGAUCGUGAAGCAGAGAGGUGGUCGGGUCCUCAAGAUCCAAUGAAACUCGGUGAUGGUACUCUUCACGCCAACUUUGGCCGGAGAGCGCAUGUUGGUGACACAAAUGACAUGGCAUCUGGAUCUGACUCAGAACUGGAUAAGUUAGAGUUGUGGGUUGAGAUAAAAAAGCAAGUCAAGAUUCUCAAGGACGAGAUGCAAGAGGAGAGAGGAGAGAGCAGCCUGGAAUUACCCAGUCGGCCAAGAGACUCGUACCCACAGCCACAGCAGUCGACCAAGUUCAGAGACGAGCUUGACGCUAUACUGCAUGGCGGGCAAGACAGGCGCCCCCGCCAUCCAUUGCCCGAGUUUGAGAAUUUUUCCAGUCACGCACGCUUUGAGUAACGUUUUGAUGAUUAAAACACUUGCGCUUUGUACAAUUUGCACCAUUCUGAGAGGCGCAACAACGUAGAUACCGGAAAUAUGAUGAUUUGAAAGUGGUGCCAUCCUCAUGUGCAAACCUAAUCGCCAUGCAAAGCCUCCUCUUCCAUAGCCAAAACUGCUCCUCGCCUUCCAAAACGCCCUUGUAAAACUCCAACAACCGAUCUAGCUCUUCCCGUGCCGCGGCCCGAUCAUCAGGCGCAUACGUAGUAUUCUUCUCGCUCUCCUCCGACGCAA